AAUUUCGAUAUGAGUCAGCCGCCAAUUAGUAGUCAAGUCAGUCCUGAGCAAGAAUCGAGCGGCCCGCAAAACAUAAUAACACAAGCACCCCCGGAGUCGAAGUUUUUUGUCGGUACAAAGUCCGAAGCAAAUGCAGGUCCACCAUCGCCGGUAAUUCCAAAAACAACAAGCAAUUCGGGAGCAACUCAGCGUCCGCCGCAACGUUCAUUUUUCUCUUUGCUUUUUUGUUGCGCGUGGGGUGCCG